AUGGAAAGCUAUGUGUUCAUCACCAACAUCCCAGCUGGAGCUUCAGACAUUCAGAUCAUAGAGAGACACAAGACCGAGAACAUCCUUGCUCUGUCAGAUGAAGCUGGUAAUUUCUUCUUCAACGGAAACACAGUGUUUGACAACCCACAAAACUUCCAUGUGGCAGGAACAGUGUUUAAAUACCGACGUCCAGGCAAUGUGUUCUCUGAUGGGCUGGAGUACAUCAUCGCCCAGGGACCCACACUACAGGGCCUCAAUGUUAUGUACUACAACCUGAAUGGGAAGCUCCCCCACAUCACCUUUGAAUAUACCACCCCCCGCACACCUCAUGACAUCAGCGCUGCGGAAAUCAUCACUACUGGACAUGUGAACCUAACUUAUAAUGGGGUGAACGGGGACAUGAUAGCGACCAAUCACAGCAGAUCGUCAACAUCUGUCAAUCACCAAUCAGAUGUCCAGCUGCAGGAAGAGGAGGAGGAGGAAAUGUGGGAGAUCAGGACCCCCAGCACCCCUCCUCCUGCUGCCAUCCUGCUGUACAGAGCUGCUGAUGUCACCAGUCAUGUGUUCAGCCAUAAUGAUGUGGAGGAGCCAGGACCCCCAGGACCCUCUGGAUACCGAAGUUCCUCCAACUCAAUUGACGAGCCCGCCGCUGCAGAUGACAACACUCUGGUGCUGCCUUUCCCUGCACUGCCAGAAGACGCCCCCUAUCUGCUGCUGGAGGACUUGCACUACAACCAGACACACUUACACACACACUCCCUCACUCAGUCAAACACACACUCUGUUGAACACACACUCCCUGGUCCACUCUCACUAGCACAAACAGAAACACAUUCAGACAUGCUCACAGACACACACUCUGCUACACACACCGAAAGAGAGAGUGGCACACACACUGGGGUCCUGGUACAGCUGCAGCAGGGGCCCUCCGUCCAGGCUGCAAACACUGAGAGUAAUGACUUUGAUGUGGGUCUGGAGCCCGACAUCAGUCUGGCGGACAUGUACCGCUGGAAGGUUUCUGCGUACGCUCCCUGCAGCUCCACCUGCACAACAGGUAUAACCACCAGUUAUGCCCUGUGUGUGCGGUAUGAUGGCAGUGAGGUGGACGACACUUACUGUGACUCUCUGACCAGACCUGAGCCAACACAUGAGUUCUGCACUGGGAAGGAGUGUCCUCCAAGGUACCGUCUGUAUGUCUGUCUGUCUGUCUGUCUGUCUGUCUGUCUGUCUGUCUGUCCUUAGA